AUGAUGGGGAUGAUGGGGCCAAGCAAGGCUGAGAGCCAGUCCACCACCUUAUCCAGUCCUCUCCAGGGCCUUGGAAGCCCUAAAUCACCCCCACUACCCUCCACCUCUGCCUGCUGGAAAACCUGUCUCUGGCACUCUGGAGCUCUUAGGAAAAACACCACUCCUCAUCUGGCCUACAAGGCAUGUGGGAUCUUAGCUGCCCGAUCACACCCACAACCCACUGCAUUGGAAGGCAUAUUCUUUACCACUGGUGCCACCUGGGAAGCCAUCUGGGUCCAAAUUCUGGCACCACUGCACAUGGAUGGUGAGACCCAGGUGGUAUUCCAUGGUAUGAAUGGACCACAGUUUCUUUCCUCAUUCAUAUGUUGUUGGACAUUUGGGCUGUUUCCAGUUUGGAGCUGUUAUGUAUAA